AAUUUUCUUCUUUUUGCCGGUUAACCUGCCGAUUUUUGCCUAUUUGGAACUCACUAAGAGCUGAGGUUUUUAGAACAACUGGUGGUGCACUGUUUUCAUCAUCCAUGUCUGAACUUCCAUUGAAGAAGGCAAAGUCAACCAUGAAAAUUGGAACCCAUAACGGUACAUUCCACUGUGACGAGGUAUUUGCUUGUCACAUGCUCAAGUUGCUGCCCCAGUACAAGGAUGCCGAAAUUGUGAGAACCAGAGAUCAGGCCCUUCUGGAUGGUUGUGAUAUUGUUGUCGAUGUUGGCGGUGUGUUUGAUCCUGAGAAACACCGAUAUGAUCAUCAUCAGAGGACUUUCUCCGAGUCAAUGAACAGCUUGAAGCUGGAGAAAAAGUGGGUGACGAAAUUGAGCAGUGCCGGAUUGGUGUAUCUUCACUUUGGCCAGGACGUCUUGAAGGAGAUAAUCGCAAAGAAGAGUUUAGACUGUAGUCAAGAACUCAUUGAUAAACUCUAUGACAAAGUGUACGAGUUCUUUGUGGAAGAGAUUGAUGCGAUUGACAAUGGUAUACAUCAGACGGAUGGAAAACCAAGAUUUGCAACAACGACAGGACUAAGUUCUAGAGUUGGGAACUUGAAUCCACGCUGGAAUGAAGAUAUCGGAAAAGACAGAGCUGCGUUUGAAAUGAAUCGUUUCACUCAAGCUAUGAGAAUGGUCGGUGAAGAGUUUGAGGACCGGAUAGAUUACUAUGCAACCAGUUGGUGGCCAGCGAGGACACUUGUGGCGAAUGCAAUUCAAAAUCGUCAUAAUGUCGACGAAAGUGGUGAAAUCAUCAACCUGUCUGAGGGAGGUUGCCCCUGGAAGGAUCACUUGUUCACAAUGGAAGAGGAACUCAACAUCAAACCCACCAUUAAGUUUGUCCUUUAUAGUGACACCAAUGGCAAGUGGCGUGUACAGUGUGUUCCUGAAAUGCUUGGGUCAUUCAACAACAGGUUGUCACUUAUGGAGGAGUGGAAAGGCAUACGAGAUGAAAAGCUGUCAGAAAUUAGUGGAAUCCCUGGGUGUGUUUUUGUCCAUGCUAAUGGAUUUAUUGGUGGAAAUAACACAUAUGAAGGUGUGUUAGAAAUGUCAAGGCAGACUCUGAAGGCAAGAAAGGACUGAUGAUUUGGACAUUUAUUAAAAGGAAGCAUUUAGUGAACCGUAAAAUAUUAAGCAUUAUUCAAGAGAUCUCAGUAUAAAGUUUGCAGCUGUCUACCUAUUGCAAGGACUGGCAACUCAUGUUUUGAAAGAGGAGCUUGUCAACUGAUACUGUUUGUGAUGCAUUUUAUAUGUUUGACAUAUCCAGGAAAUGAUGUGGUGAAAGUGAGGCCUGUCAAUUGUGCUAAUGUCAUUGAAUACAAUGUUGGCAUGUUAAUAGUGGUAAACAUGUGAAUGUGUUAUGUCCCAAUGGAAUGUUGUGGUUGAAACUGAGAGUCGUUGGCUAUGCUUUGUCUGUUAGACAUCAGUGCAUGGAACACUGGCCUCGCCACCUGUUGAUCAUGCUUUUGAUUCUACAAUCAUUUUGAUAUUCAAACCAGAGGAUGUGUUGUUCUCGUGUACAAUGUACAAUCAGGACCAAAUAAUCACUAUUCAGAUUGACAA